AUGGCUCGAGACAUUCGUUCGAAGGCGCUGGAGCGCAUCGCUGCCCUCUCAGCCUCCAAACCUACGGCGCCAUUCGAGAAGUCGGAUUUGGAUCGUCUCUGCAGGGCCUGCCCAAGUCACCAACACCAUACGAGGGCGAGGAGUGGCACGAAUGGAUCCGAACACCGGAAGCCCUCCUCUCUCGGGCGGGUGCCCAUGACAAUUCGAGAAUUCGAAGUCCUCCUGUCCCUUUGCAAGGCCGCUCCGCUGGUCCAGAACAGCCAGAAUGCCCAGAGGCUGACUCGGCAGUUGUCACCCUAUCUGCUCGACGCUCAUGUCCAGGAAUUCGCGCCCUCGCCAUUCUAUCGAAAAAUCGAACCCUCUCCGACCGAGUCGCUUUCUUACCAUGUGACCUCGGCUCUACUGUGUCUCGGAAAUCAUGAUGCGGACAUAUACGAGAACGUCUCCGCCAAUGUUUCAGUGUUCCUCAAAGCUUGCGCGCGUGCAAGCGAGAGCUUGAUGUCUGCGCAGGGAGAGGGAGGCGGUGAUGUGAACCUCACGGAUGCUAUGCAGACAGCUUCGAUUGCAGUGUCUUUGCUGGGCUUUCUCGAUGCCGCGGCGGCUCAGGCUGACUUUUGGAGGUCGGGAGGUCGACUGGCUUUGAUACAACGACUGCAAAAAUUGCUGAACGAGAGGUUCCUGAUUGCUGUUGAGACUGCCUUCUCAAAGAUUCGCAACUCACACUCCCACGACCGUGCGCCAAAGGAAUGGAGGCGGUACCUGCGCCACUACCAGGAGGUUCGGCGACCAUUGGGCGCGAUGCUUCUUCAGCAGAGGUUCAUGCUACUCGUCACGUCUUCGACUUCGCUUUUGGUUGCGGAAAAGUCCGCCUUGAAGAAGACCCAUGUUCUCGAUCUCUUGAUGACAAGCGAAGGGCUUCUUCGACCUGGAACUGGGAGGAGUGGAAAUGGAGACACGAGUUCCGUGGUGACCUACUCCAACAUCGUCAUCGACCAGCUGAAUUAUUUGGAGGCCAGCGCCGAUUUCAUCCGCAUGGGCUCCUCAUCGCAGCAGAAGAUAGCUUGUGCGGUCAAAGCGGCAGCAUUCAUCAGCUACCUGAACUGUUCCAGACUCAACGAAGACGCUGCGGACACCGAUACGCUGAUGGCUUGGUUGGAGGAUACAGUCAUUGAUCCCGACCAGAUGGCGGAUGAGGAUCUGGCUUCCGUCGUUAUUCGAGCCAUGGCGAUUGUCUGCAGGAUGUCUCCAACGCAUGGUGCCAAUGUCAGCCGUCUGCUGCCUCGAUUCAUUGUGCAAGGCCGCGCUCCAAGCCAUGUUGUCGUGACGGCCUCUCAAUGCCUGGCCUAUGUGCUCCGGAUGCUAUCAACAGACGCAGUCAUCACCACACUGUACACUCUUGGCAAUGUGCUCAGUCCCACUACCGAGGAGAACGAAAAGGCCGAAUUUGGGCUUGAAAACAGUGACUCGCAGGUUUACCGAGGAAGACAAUCGACUGGAAGCUCAAUAUCUCUUCAAUUCAUUGGAGAGGAAGAGACGUCUACGGUUUACAUCAAUGUGGUUGAUGCAAUCUGCGGCAUAGCGACUGCUUGCAACGACGAGAAGAUCUCUGCUCUGGCCCAGUCUAUUCUUCUCCAAAAGUACGAUAGGAUCAGUAAUGUGGUGGACGCAAGGGUCAUUACUGGAGCAGCAGUGCUGUCUCUGAGUGCGGGACAGCUUGAGUUCCGCUCCUUGCUGAAGAGUUUUGCACGUAUUGCCCAUGCUGCCGUGGUGGACAACCGAGUUAUCAUUCUGCAUGCGUUGACUGCAGCCAGAAACCACAUCUCUGCCAAUCUCCACCGGGACUCCCCGCUCUAUGACAUCUACUGGGACCACAUGCUGGAUAGCAUCGUCUCCAAGGGAGAUGUUUCUCAGACCAGCCACGCCAAGGAGUCCGACAUGGAACUCGCCGCCAAAGAGAUUGCUGAGCUACUUCAACCCUUGGCUGUUUUCAUGUCCGCAAACGACAUGGCUGCAAACAAUUGGGCAGAUGACGAGUUUCACGCCAUGUUGCGCGAUGCCUGGUUCAAUAUAGUAGUACACGGCUUCAAUCCAGUCACUGAGCGCGGAAAAAGAUAUGCGGACGAUCUGCGCAUCAUAGCCAUUCAUUCGCCGCCUCUAGUUGCAGAACAGCGCGGUGAGCAGGUUGAGAGUGACAUCGAGCUCAACACAGUGCUUCGCAGAGGCAUGAGCUCCGACAGAGAGUCGCAGCAGAAGAAACAUCUGGCCGAGCUGGUGUCGUCUAAGGCGUCCGACAUCAAGGGAUUGAGCUAUCGCAAAGUUAUCUUCUUACACACCGCCUACCUCGUUGAGAGCUUGAGAGCUGAAUCUGGUGACUGUACGAAGGUGCUGUCGUACUUCCUCGAACCGAGCAUGCGGAAGGGUGACGUUAGCAGUGUUAUGGAAGGAAUCACAGGUGUUGUUGUGGAGAAAUACCUGAGGAAGACGCUCGGUGGCGUCAACAACACAUUCUCCGCGCAAUAUGCGGCGUCACAGCUGGCCACCAUCUUCUGCAAUUGUUGCCACAGAAUCGAGCGUGUCCAGCAGGCAGCAUAUGCCUGUGCCGACCGCAUCAUUCGUGACGUUCCGUCCGCCUUGUGCCGUCGGUCCUCGUUGUUCGCCUUGCUAGAACUGCUGUCUCUCAUGUGGGCAAGCUGUCUGGAGGCAGAGACAGAGAUGUAUGAGCCACGGUCGACUUUCACUUCCGAACGUGGAAAUGUGACUGUUGAGCUGUCCGAUGAUUACACCUUCAGGAAGCUCACUCUGAACCGGCUGUACAAGGCCGCCAGAGGCUGGGUCUCGACAGCCAUCAACCUGUCACCAGCGGACAUCAAGGGGCUGCUGCAAACUCACCUGUCCGAAUUUGAUGAUGAGGGCGCUUAUGGCCAUGUUUCUCUCGGCAGGUCCUUCGCAAUGGAACUUGGAUCCGCCAUUCCAGUCACAGACCAGAGACUGAUCUCGAUUGACGGCAUGGGAGAGGCCAACAUCAAUACUGCCUCUGACUUCAUUGCUCAAUAUACCACACGCCAGGAAUACCGCUAUGCAGAGGCAUUGCCGGACCACAGCCUGGAGUGGUUGACCUUUAUGCGUAUCGACAGGAGGGCGUCUUAUCUAUCUGGUGCCGACACGGAGAGCGCCGAUGCAGUCACAGCUUUGGCUCACAUCGAAAAUCGCAUUCUGCAGAAACGGAAUACGCCCAUGGUCGAUGUCCGUGACAUCCUCCGUCGGGCUGCUGCUCUGCUGUGUCGCAGUGAGUCAGGAGUGGAAUGUGCAGUGGCGCAUCAUCUCGUGAGCAUACCCUUCGCCAUGUUUACGAAGCAGGCCAUCAAACUUGGAAUCUCGUUGUGGUUGGGCGUGAUGAACGAGAAUCCUAUCUGGGAGCCUCGGAUUCUCAACGAGAUAUCGCAGCAGUGGGAGCUCAGUAUCCACAAGAAGCUUGGCCUGUUCAGUGCGGCGAUCACAUCUCCAGACCCGUUCUUCCUCAGGGAAGAAUUCGCUCCCAGUGACCAAGAGGCUCUUACAAAACGCAAACAACUGGUUCACAAUCUUCUUUCGCCCCAUGCCCGCCUGUUGGAGUUCCUCGGCAGCCAUUUCAAUGCGACGCGACUGGGUAGUCCUGACACACAGAAAGUCCUUGUCAGGCUGCUUGAUGUCACAAUGGAGGAGCUGCAGAAGGCCACGCCUCACCCUCUGGCGAGAGAAUUAAGGCUCCAGCUUGUUCUGUUUGGGCUGAAGGUCCUGCGGACUUCAACGACGAUUGGUCCAGUGUCUCAAUGGCGUCUCAAAGACAAACUGCUGUCCGCAGCAUUGAGCUGGUUCUGUCAUGCACCCAAGUGGUCUUUCGGCAGUAACAUGCUACAGAUGAAGACUGAAAUCCGGCUGAUUACAGAUGUUAUUAACGCUGUUAAGGCUGUCGGCUUCAUUGGAGCCCACUCCGUUGGAACUUUCAGGUCACUGCAGGCUCUCCAAUCUAAAGAGCAGCUCUUGCUACUCUUGCUGGAGAGUGAACAGUCUAGGCUGACGGUUUGGGUCUAUCCUCUGAGCGAGCCGGUACAAAGGCCAUCAACCCUGGUCCACACCGGCAAAGGAUCCCUUGAAGUAAGAUUCCGCCCCUCGGUACCAUUCGAGCAAAAACUAACGACUGUCCAGAAUGCCUUGCUUCCCUUGAUGCGUACGGCAUGGGCUGAGAGCCCCUCACUCGCGAUAGAGCUCUGCACAAGAUUCCAGUCUCCUCGGAUCCACAAGGAGAUUCGAACGUUGCUUCUCACAUACCCUGAAAAGGCAGUAGGGGAGCCUGAGGCACUGCCAAUCCUUUUGGGCGGCGCCCUCCCCAGUGAUAUCAGCAACCAGUUGAGGUUCCUGUUGUUCUGGGCCCCCGUCAACCCCAUCACCGCGGUCACGUAUUUCCUACCAGCGUAUCAGAACCAUCCUUUCCUGAUCCAAUAUGCUAUGCGGGCGCUUGAAAGUCACUCUGUUGAUGUGACCUUCUUUUACGUCCCCCAGAUCGUGCAGACACUUCGGUAUGAUGCACUAGGCUAUGUUGAGCGCUACAUCAUAGAGACUGCGCAAUUCUCCCAACUCUUUGCCCAUCAAAUCAUUUGGAACAUGAAGGCCAACUCGUACAAAGACGACGAUGGCCAAGUUCCCGACGACAUCAAACCAACCCUGGACAAGGUGAUGGAGAGGAUGGUUGACAGCUUCGACCCUACUGAUCGAGAAUUCUACGAACGAGAAUUUACAUUCUUCGACGAGGUUACAGGUAUUUCUGGUAAACUCAAACCUCUGAUCAAGAAGUCGAAGCCGGAGAAGGCGCAGAAGAUUGAGGAGGAGCUCCGCGCCAUCAAGGUUGAAGUUGGCGUCUAUCUUCCCAGCAACCCAGAUGGUGUUGUCAUUGGCAUUGACCGGAAGUCUGGUAAACCACUUCAGAGUCACGCGAAAGCACCGUUCAUGGCCACCUUCCGGAUCAAGAAAGACAAGGGGAGCCUGGAGGAAACAGGCAGCAUGAUUGAGGAGACAGUGGAACGUGGCGCGGCUCCGGCUCCCACAGAGCAAUCGAUCGAGGUCUGGCAGUCGGCCAUCUUCAAGGUCGGCGACGACUGCCGUCAAGACGUUCUCGCCCUCCAGAUGAUCGCCGCCUUCCGCGGUAUCUUCCACAGCGUCGGGUUGGACGUGUACGUCUUCCCAUACCGCGUGACCGCCACGGCGCCGGGCUGCGGUGUCAUCGACGUGCUGCCCAACUCGGUGUCCCGCGACAUGCUCGGCCGUGAGGCCGUCAACGGGCUGUACGACUACUUCGUCUCCAAGUACGGCAACGAGGACUCCCUGCGGUUCCAGCAGGCGCGCAACAACUUUGUCAAGUCGAUGGCGGCGUACUCGCUCAUCUCGUUCCUGCUGCAGUUCAAGGACCGGCACAACGGCAACAUCAUGAUCGACGACGCCGGCCACAUCCUGCACAUCGACUUUGGCUUCUGCUUCGACAUCGCGCCCGGCGGCAUCAAGUUCGAGCGGGCGCCGUUCAAGCUGACGUCGGAGAUGGUGGCCGUCAUGGGCGGCAGCACGAACCACCAGUCGUUCAAGUGGUUCGAGGAGCUCAUCGUCAAGUCGUUCCUGGCGAGCCGCACGCACGUCGAGAAGCUGAGCCAGAUCGUCCUGCUCAUGAUGGACAGCGGGCUCCCCUGCUUCAAGCCCGAGAGCGUGGAGCACUUCAAGCAGCGCUUCGUGCUGGACAAGACCGAGAGGGAGGCGGCCGACUUUAUGAAGGAGCUCGUCCGCAAGAGUUACUCGAGCUACUCGACGGGCAUCUACGACCAGUUCCAGCUGAUGACCAACGGCAUCCCGUACUAG